AUGGCUCUUGGCGAGCGGCGGUACUUUGCCUGCCCUACGGCGAGAGAGCAUUUACGACUUACUCAGGAUAUAUUCUCUUCAAAGAACGCGCCUCGAAACGAGAUCGCGGGCGAAAUCAGGCCUGACACGGCGACUGCUGACUGUCCGUGCCUGCCUCUGCUGCGAAGGACCUGGGGACGGCCAUCUCAUCUCUCCCAGUCCCGAGCUGGAAGGCCCGGCGCCGAAAGGCCCAGCAGCCCAGAGCGGGUGUUAGAGAAAGCAAAGUAAAGCAAGUAAAUUCUCAAAGAGGUCUUACGCUUUUCCUGGCACGACCUUCUUGGAGCCUAACGAAGUCGCCGGAGUUCGCAGGGCGUAGGAAGCAGCAGCCAUGUUGACAGCUCCUUUGCAGCAACGAGGCGGACCACGAGGGGUGUCAAGCUGGAACAGCCAUGUUAAUUAUUUGCCACAAUUGCCAAUUUAUUGCCACGUCUUUGCGUUGAGAAAGGGCGUGUGAGCUGAGCUGACCCGACACCAGUACGCAACUUGCAUUAGAAUCGUAGUGUGGCGGAAAUUGUAUAAUAAUUUAUUGCAAAUUAAUUACAUUUUAGAUUUGUCAAUUUAUUGAGACAAUUUAGAAUUGCAACGUAUUUUCUUCGAGAAAACGAAACAGAUGUUCUCAAAAAUGACUGCAAAUAUUUUUUGAAAUGUUUACUGAAUUUAAGGGUGAUAAUAUUAUGGCACAGGUUCAGUUUUCCUUAAAACCUCUGGACAUUUUGAAAAGUUCAAAUUUUUUCGACACUGUAUAACACCUAUAUUAAUAAAGUUACCGGUUUUGCCUUUAUACAAUUUAACUCUCUAUCUAUAUCUUUAAAUAAUUCCAUGUACGCUUCUUCCAAAUAAUAGGAGUUUUCGCUUAAUUUAUUAAUUCACAAAAUUAAAGAUACUUCUUAAUGGUUAAUAAAAUGCAGUUACAGUAUGUCUUUAUCACCCUAGGAUGUUAAAAAAAUGUUUUAUCCACUCUCGUACGCGCAUGCUGUACGCCACGAGUUUGUACUGAGGAAGGACCCACGGCGUCACGCGCACGCCCCCCUCUUGCGACAGCCGCGACCCCCCUGACCCACUUAAACAAUUCAUGGCACCCCGACGGCCAGAGGGAAGGGUGAGUUGCUAGGCGCUCCGCUGCGACCCCGUCCGGAACGCUUUCGCGACGCUUGUCCCCGAUACCGGGGAAGUACA